GGUGUACCCUUCUUUCCGGUUGUGUGGCGGUGUUGGACCACGUUUUGUGCUGUCGCAGCUUAACACCUUUUAACAAACACCAUGGGAUUUGGAGAUCUAAAAAGUGAAAGCGGUCUUGCAGCUCUGAACGAGUUUCUCGCUGAUAAAAGCUACAUUGAGGGGUACACCGCAUCCCAGGCCGACAAUGUGGUGUUUAGUGCUCUCAGUGGAGCACCGGCAGCCAAAUUUCCUCAUGCACUUCGCUGGUACAAGCACAUUCAGGCUCAAAAUAGGAACGCAUUGCCUGGUGUUAAAAAGCCUUUGAAUCAGUAUGGAGGAGGAGAUGCAGGAGCAGCUGAUGAGGAUGAUGAUGGAGAUGUUGAUGAUUUGUUUGGCUCUGAUAAUGAAGAAGAUGUAGAAGCAAUUCGUCAACAAAGGCUCAAGGAGUAUGCUGCCAAAAAAUCCGCCAAGCCAGCUGUGAUCGCUAAAAGCACCAUCAUCCUGGAAGUAAAGCCUUGGGAUGAUGAAACUGACAUGAAGGAGAUGGAGAAGAAUGUGCGCAGUGUAGCUACAGAUGGGCUUGUGUGGGGAGCUUCAAAACUGGUUCCAGUCGGCUAUGGUAUCAACAAGCUGCAAAUAAACUGUGUUGUAGAAGAUGAUAAGGUGGGCACAGAUUUCUUAGAAGAGGAGAUCACAAAGUUUGAAGAUUUGGUGCAGUCUGUGGACAUUGUGGCUUUCAACAAAAUAUAAGAACUAUUUGUAAAUAACUGGCAUAUUCCAAGUAAAGGAUUAAAUAAAUUUAUUUCAACUGGA